AUGUGGCCAUAUCACAUGCAUCAUCUCAAUGAGUUAGCGUCUCCAUCGCGCGAUUCGGAAGGCCUGGAGUUGGAACAUGCCAACCUCACAGACGAAACGGUGGCUUGUUUAAAUGCCGAACCCGUCCACCGGUUCAAAAAGAUAGAUCUAAGCGCAAAUCCGCAGCUUACGACGCUGCCGAGCGGAACCAAAUUUCCUGCUCUUGAAUGGCUCAAAGCAUCGCACUGUACCGGAUACUCACUAACUACGGUGGCCGCCAUCUUCUCAAGCUAUCCUGGUCUCACUUUCUUGUGUUUGGCUUGUUGUGGACUCACUGCACUACCUGAAGAUCUCUCACACUCGACCUGUAUCCUCGAAUAUCUAGACCUGCAUGGAAACAAAAUUGCCAACCUUCCAUAUUCAAUUGCUGGCUUAAGUUAUAUGAAAGAACUUAAUCUCUCCGGGAAUGCACUGGUGGACUCUGCUAUGAUUGCCCUCGCGGCUUCUUUCAAGGCCUCGACGCAGCUCCGUCAUCUCUUCCUGGCAAACAACCUCAUUACUGAGCGGGGUGCCCUCACACUAUCUCGAGGUCUUUCGACCAAAAAUAAUAGUCUAAGAUUACUCGUGUUGACCGGGAAUAAUGUCAAGGAUGACGGAUGUGCAGCAAUACUUGCUUCAGUUGCCAUGUGUACAUUGCAUACAUUACGGCUUGACGCAUGUGGCAUGAGUGAUGACGCUUCUCGUGCACUCGCAGCUGCGGUUCGCACAAAUGUGCACCUCCGCUCUUUGGCAAUUGGGCGUAACCAACUUGGAAACGAGGCGAUCAUCACGCUCAGUCGUGCGUUGGAGGACCAACAUGGCUUGCGAGGCGUCACUGACCUGGACUUGUCUGAUAAUCAUUUGGGUGCUGACAGUGCUGUUGCCCUGGCGGCAGCGCUUCUCGAGCUCAAUUUAUCGGGGUGUAAAAUUGGAUGCGCGAAUUCAGGUAUGCUGGUCUCUGCCAUUGAGCGCAAUGAACAACUCGAUUUUAUUCAUUUUGGUCACAACCGAGGAGACGAUGGCGCUUUAUUUAGCAAAAUUCAAGCACGGCCUCGUCCAGUUGCCCGAUUGCGCGCUGAUGAUAUGCUUAAUCGUCUUUUUGGCGAUGCAAUGCUUGAUCAAAAACUGAAGAACAAACUCAACACUGACGGCAUUUUGCUACACCCAGACCAAAAUGCCAACGUCCAAGUAUCCUACGGCCGAAGACCGAAUGUAAUCGGCAACUUGCGAUGCAGUGCUACCACAUCCCUAGCUGAAAUGCGGUAUUUAAUCACAAAGAACCUCUCACUUGCUGAUGAAAGCUAUCUUAUGAUAGCUCAUGAUGGCACACGGGCAUUUCCAAGGCACGAGGAGGACAAGCGGCACGUGCUCCUUGACUGUGGCCACAAUCUACAACUUCGCCCAUCCACCUGGCUGACUUUGGCGCCUGCAUGA